CACUGUUACUUCGUGAGAAAAUGUUCACAAUCAAGAACUUGAGAGCAUUUGGGUCGCAGGUGCGCCGUAUGAGCUCCAAUGUGGAGAAUCCAGUAGUAGAACUUCCUGGACUAGGGCGACUAAGAGGAUCUACGACCCAAAGUGCAUGGACAAAUCGAAGGAUCUAUCAGUUCUUAGGUGUAAAGUAUGCCGAAGCUCCAAUUGGUGAGCUUCGAUUUAAGGCUCCUGUUCCCGUUCAACCAUGGAAAGGUGAAAGAGAUGCCACAACCUUUGGUCGUCCUUGUCCAAUGUACCAUGUUCUGAAGACACUGAAGAGUCCUCCCAAAGAUGGACAUAUUGAGGAUUGUAUCAAUCUCUGUGUGUACUCUAACGAUUUAUCAGCUUCAAAGCCUGUCUUAGUCUACAUCCACGGCGGUGGUUUCAUCGAAGGUGAUGCAAGCCAAUUCCCACCUAAUUAUCUCUUGGAGAAGGAUGUCGUUCUAGUGGUACCACAAUACCGACUAGGUCCUUUGGGUUUUCUUUCAACUCAAACCGAAGCUAUUCCCGGUAAUGCUGGACCACUAGAUAUAAUCCAGGCUCUCAAAUGGAUCCAGGAGAAUAUUCAGUACUUCGGCGGAGAUCCUAAGAAAGUCACAGUUAUUGGACAUUCAGCUGGUGCGGGAAUCCUAUCAGCUAUCACCUACAGCCCACUUGCAGAGGAAAAUCUCUUCCGCAGCGUGAUUCUACAGUCAGGAGGAUCUUCAGCGUCAUGGUCUUGGGAUCAUGAUCCUGCCAAGAAUGCCAGAGAAAUUGCAGAACUAGGAGGAUUUAGUCCUAAGGCCGACCUCGAAGAACUCAACCAAUUUCUACUGAGACUAGAUACUCAAAGCCUAGUUAUGCUAUUCAUGAAGUACCUGAUGACCGGUACUCCAAAUGGAAUUCGCACAAUUGGUGGCCACAGAAUGACCAUCGGAGGUCCGUCGAAUUUCCUACCGGACACUCCGUAUGAGAUCUUGUCACGAGGUGGCGGUAGGAAGAAUUUACCCAUGAUGGCAGGAGUACUGAAACACGAUGGUGGAUUCCUAAUGACUGGAGUCUACGAUGUUCUAAGUCAAACAAUUGGUUUUGACAACAAAAACUUCAAUUCCUUCGAUUUACUGGAUUUCUACAACCGUAUCUUGGGUACACAUGAGGUUACAGGAACCAUGGUAGCAUAUCAAUCUCGAAGUGUAUUCACGAAGAAGGCUCUCAACAGUGGAAAUUUCUAUGCUCUCCUGGAUGGACUCUAUGAUAUUUGCAAUGCUCUCUUCAUCAAGGGACCUACCCUCAGAGUAGCCCAAGAAAAUGCCAAAUUCAACCCACAGCAAACCUGGCUUUAUUCCUUCGAUUACAGAGGACAACACACCCGAUUCGGAUAUGGCACUGAUACAUCCAAAUAUCCAUUCAAAGGAGGUGUUAGUCAUUCCAAUGAAAUUCUCUACUUAUUCCCAUGGCCAGAAAAUGCAGCUAAACUCAAUGAAAAAGACACUAAAAUAGCUCAGAAGAUGGUUGACCUUUGGACAUCAUUUGCAAUCGAUGGAGUACCUUCUUGUUCUGCCAGUCCCAAUUGGCCAGCAAUGACUGAAAUUGUCGGACCGUAUUUGCACAUUGAUCAAACAGACUCAAUCGGAGAGGACUUCCGGGAUGAAUUCACAAUUUUAUCCCGCGAAGGAUACCAUACCAAGAAGUUCAGUCAAGAAAUUGAGGCAGAAGUUCAUCAUACUCAUGGAAAGGAAUUUCAAUAAAGGCUAAUUUUGUAACAGGUGUCAAAACAAA